AUGGUGAUAACUUACGAAGAAAAGAUGUUACUAAAGAGUUUAAGAGGGCUAACAGAGCUUUUCUACAACAAAAAUUUCAGCGAUUAUGACUACAACGUCAAGAGUUUUGGUAAAGCAGUUACCGACAAUCUUGCCUCUAUCGACACAACUGCUUUCUUCAGUGAUGACGUUGAAGAUGACUACAUCGAAUUUACUACAUCAAAACGGGCUCUGAAGCAAUACUCUAAUAUGAUGAGACACGAUGCAAAGCAGUUCGCGUGUGCUCGCAAAACAUGCGAAACGUCUGGUAUGUCAGCUAACAAACGUAUAUAUCUCGACCUCUGCGGCACGGAUGCAAAGUAA